ACCCGUGCCUCUGCUCUGCUCUGUCUUCGUCCCGUGCUACGGCUCCAACCUUCUCCGCUCCCACGGCACAACACAAUGCUCCGGUGCUCCGCCUCCGGCUUCGCUGCUCCGACUCCGUCCGGCGACUCCUAGGCGCCCCCGCUCCGGUGCUCCACCUCCGCCUUCGCCUGCCUCAACGCCUUACAAGAUCUGCGAGAGGAGACGCCGCCAAUGGCGACCUAGGGUUUCGGCCCCUCCACCUGCGCCGCCCCGCCGCCGCCGUUGGGGACAAAUCCGUCUGCUCCACCCCUCACCGAUCUACGGCUCCCGUCGUCCGCCUCCGGCUGCUCUCAAUCGAGCCAGUCGCCGCCCCGGAGCUCCGCGUGUGCCGCCUCCGACAUCCCCCGUCCACGAACCCGGGCGGCCGCAAAUCUCCCGUACCUCCGUCCACUAUCCCCCCCAAGCAGCCGCACCCCUCCCCAGGCUCUCAACCAGGUCGGAGUGGCGGCGGUUGCAAGAGGAGAGGAGGAGCGCGCGCGAGAGCUGUACCAUGUGGUGGCAGCAUUACCUCCUCAACCACGUGGGCGAUGACAAGACGCACUUCGUUGCCAUGGCUACGGGUGGUUUCAGGCACAACAUGUGCAUACCGCAGGAGGUUGGGAACCAUUUGGGGAGCAUGAUCUCUGAAACCAUCAAACUAGAAGCUCCUAAUGGCAUAUUUCAUAUUGGAGUGUGUAGAAAGACGGGUGAGCUAGUUCUUCAGUCUGGCUGGGAUAAAUUUGUCGCAAUGCAUCACAUAGAAGAAAAUUAUUCUUUUUGGUUCGUGUACCGUGGGAACUCUACCUUUAAGGUUCGUAUAUUCAAUUCCAAUGAUCAUGAGAUGACUACUUCCUGUUCUCAACCACCUCAGAGCUUUGGGGGUGUUCCAUCUGCCGCAACUUGCGAUCAUCAUGUGCUGAAUGGAUAUGAAGCUCACAUGCUGAAUGAGCGUGCAUCUGUGGAGUUUGGGGUCGAUUUGGAACCUCAUAGCUCCGGCAAUCUCGAGGGGCCUUCCCAGCAUUCCUACAUUUUAGCUGCAGGGAUAACUCUAGGUGCUGUGGAGACGAAGAAAGUUGAGGAGAAAGUCCAAGCAAUUCAAUCUGCACUUCCUAUCUUCGUGACAGUAAUGACCAAAACCUGGGUUAAUGGCCGUAAUUUGCGCUUCUGCCGUGAAUACAGUUCAAGAUAUAUUCCACCUAUGAGGAAAGGAAAGCCUCUCAUGCUCCAGGCAGAGGGAAGAACGACGGAGUGGCCAGCCAGAUUGGGAAUAGAUGCGACUAGAGUGAACUGGAUUCGUCGUGGCUGGAAGGAAUUCGUCGCCGGCAAUGACGUGCGGGAGGGGGAUAUCUGCCUCUUUGAACGGGCAAAGAGCACGACACGGCUUAGGAUGACGGUCCAUUUCCUCCGCAAGUCAGACAUGGAGGUGUAGCUCAAGCCCUAGUAUGGUUCUAACCGUGGUACCCUGCCAUGGCACUGCCUUGACAUGACAGUGAGUGAACUUGUAUCUAAUUUGGGAUAGGUUGGACUCUAGUCUGCCUGUAGUUAGUAGUGUACUGUCUGAUGCUCAUAUGCAUAUUGUUUGUGAUUAGGAGGAUGUCUUCAGGUGAUAACCUUUUCCCCCAUGAGACGCAAACAUCAUUAUGCUACGUGCAUGCUCUGUUCAACUGGGAUUAUAGCGCUUGUUCAUGAAUAUGAAAAACUGUUUGGUUGGACUGCCAUGACA